AUGUCUCACCACCAGGUUCUCGGCACUGUCGUCAUCGCCCGCAACGGUGACCGCACGGAAUGCUACCAACACCCCGUCACCCAGAAGCCGGGCAUGACUCAGAGCACGCCUCUCGGAGAGAUGCAAGCCUACCAGCUCGGACAGUACCUCCGCCGGAUGUACCUCAGCCCGUCCUCUGAGUCGCACAUCCGCGGCAUCCACGCCGACCUCGUCGAUCUCUCUGAGGUCGCUGUCCGCGUCAAGGUCGGCGGCGAAGGCGCUGCAGUGUUCGACUCCGCGACGGCGCUCCUUCAGGGCCUGUUCCCGCCCAACCCGGCGAACCGCAUCACUCUCGCCAACGAGACGACCAUCGUCGCUCCCCUGAACGGGUACCAGUACGUUCCCGUCGAGACUGUUGAGGCGAGCAACGACCGCUCGCUCGAGCCAUGGACUGGUUGUCCGGCGUUUGAGAAGCACGUGCAGAAGGUCAUGGGCUCCUCCGAGUUUAAGGACGUCGCGAAGAAGGCGCAGCCCUUCUUCAACUCCCUGAGGGACUUCGUCCUGGGCCAGGAGCUCUCGCUUGAGAACAUGUACAAUGUCUGGGACAUUGUGCAGUCGGAGCUCGUCCACAACAAGACGUACGCGCACCGUCUCCCGCCGACUUUCAUCGAGCAGGCGCGAGGCCUCGCGGACUUCCGUGAGAGCGCAGUGUUUUCUGAUCCCUCCAUGGGUGGCAUCGGCAACAUCGCAAGUCGCACGGCUUUGAGCUCGGUUCUCAAGGCCCUCCAGCGCAUCGCCUUCAACGGCGACCCGCUCCAGCUUAUGAUCAUCGAGACCACCUACCAGCCCUUCAUCUCCUUCUUCCACCAGACCGAAAUAGUCAAGACACACCCUGAGCUCAAGGCAAUGCCCGACUUCGGCUCCGCGAUCGCUAUCGAGCUCCGCCGUGCGCCACCCCCCGACGCGCGCGACUUUCUGCGCUUCAAGUUCCGCAACGGCACGAACGAGGACUUCCAGACCGUGCACGUCUUCAAGCACCGCGAGGACAUUCCGCUCACCGAGUUCAUCUACCGCCUCGAGAACUCGGUCAUCAACUCGAACCGCGAGUGGGCCAAGGCAUGCUCCGUGUCCUCGAUCGAGGAUGCCGUCGACACCACCCGCGAGGCGUUCGGCCUGCCCGACACUGCGACGACGGGCAGCAAGGCCACCGACGCGCUCAUCGGGGUCGCAAUGGCGUUCGUCGUGCUGUGCGCGAUGUUCUUCGCCACCAAGGUCGUCCGCCGCCGUGGCGCGGUCCGCCUGUCUGGUCCCGAGGUAUAUUGA